GCUAUAAUCAAAGAUGGCGCUCCCCAUGCGGAAUAUCUUGAAACAUUUCCCCAGAUUCAUUCAGAAGUUAAACUCGCCGAAAAGAUUGCUUUGCGCAGGACUUCGUCCGGAAAACAAGGAGGCUCCAAGAAGUGGCCGUGUAUUCUCAGGGAUUCAGCCUACUGGAGUGCCCCACCUGGGAAAUUACCUGGGUGCUCUGGAGAACUGGGUGUCCCUGCAGGACCAGUACCCCUCAGUCCUCUACAGCAUUGUGGAUCUGCACUCCAUCACCCAGCCCCAGGAUCCGACACAGCUCAAGAGUAACAUACUGGACAUGGCUGCCAGCUUGUUGGCCUGCGGUAUCAACCCAGAGAAAGCGAUACUCUUCCAGCAGUCUCAGGUGUCCGAGCACGCUGAGCUCUCCUGGAUCCUCGGCUGCCUCACCAGUAUGCCUCGGCUCCGCCACCUACCGCAGUGGAAGAUGAAGAGCAAAGUGAAGAACGAAGGCAGCGUUGGUCUCUACACAUAUCCCGUCCUCCAGGCUGCUGAUAUUCUUCUCUACAAGUCCACUCACGUCCCCGUCGGAGAAGAUCAGGUCCAACAUUUGGAGCUGGCUCAGGAUCUUGCUCGCAUCUUCAACAACCGCUACGGAGAGCUGUUCCCUGAACCCUGCGCCCUGCUCAGCUCAACACGAAAAGUCAAAUCUCUCCGCGACCCCUCAGCCAAAAUGUCCAAGUCAGACCCCCAAACGAUGGCAACCAUUUCCGUCACAGACACUACUGACGACAUCGCCCUCAAGAUCCGACGUGCCGUCACAGACUUCACCUCUGAAGUUACCUUUGACCCGGAGACGCGUCCUGGUGUUUCCAACCUGGUAAACAUUCACGCUGCCGUGGCGAUGAUAAGCGUGCAGGAGGCUGUGUCUCAGGCGAGAGGAUUGGACACCGGAGCCUACAAGAAGCUUGUAAGCGAGGCUGUGAUCCAGAGGUUGACGCCCAUCAGAGAGGAAAUCGAGAGGCUGAGGUCGGACCGGGCUCACCUGGAGCGAGUGCUGGCUCAGGGGACGUGCAGGGCGCGGGAACUUGCUGCACCUGUGCUCGCAGAGGUCCGACAGAGAGUGGGCUUCUGCUGAGAGACAAGAAAAUGACCCCACAUUUAUACUGUGAGCCUCUCAGUUAAUUACUGCUGCUGGUGGAAAAAGACUCAGCUACAGAGUGAUACUGGUCAGACUUUACAAGGGUGACUUCUUAUUUUGCUCCGUGUAUGUCCUCAGUGAAAUCAAAGUGGAAGCUCGUCUUUCGAUGCAGUUGUUACAUCUUAUUUGCUUUUGCUCAUGUUUUACAUAAUCAUUCGCAGCCUGUUUAUUUGCCUUCUGAUUCUGGCUGUAUGGGUUUCAUCACAAGCCAUCGUUUUGUUUUUAUCAUUAUUAUUAUUAUUUUUACAACAUUUUAUCUUCUUGUUGCUAGCG